UGUUGUUAUAAAGUUAGGAACAUAGCGCCAUCAAACAGAGCAACUACACAAGCUGUUGUCAUAUUAUUCCUACAACCGCAACUAAGAUGCCUCUCGAAAUCCACCCUGUACAAGAAUCGGACUUUGCCGACUUCGUCCGCAUUCAAAUGGCUGCCUUCGCCGGCGGGGGUGGCAUAACAUCCCUUCUCACCCCUACUCCCCUGCCUUUCGACUACGUACAAAAGUCAAUUGACAAACACAUUAAAUCUUGGCGGGAUGAGCCAGAUGUGCACUACCUCAAAGUCAUCGAUACAGAUCUUGGUGGAAAGAUGAUCGCCGGCGGCAAGUGGCGCGUAAACGAGAAAGAGCGGACAGAAGAACAGAUACAGAGUAUGCUCCCAAUUCCCGGGAUCGAUGAAGAAGGAAGGCCGGGAGCGCAAGACUUCAUGUGGUUUCUAACCCGAGCGCGACGGGAAUACAUGGGAAGAAAACCGUUCUAUUUUUUGCAUAUCUUGGUAACCGACCCUGAGCAUCAUCGUCGAGGCGCAGGAGCUAUGUUGAUAGCCUGGGGUCUCAAGAAAGCCGACAACGCGCAGCUGCCCUCUUAUUUAGAGUCUUCCCCAAUGGGAAGACCACUGUACGCACGGAUGGGAUUCAAGCCGAGGUAUGAGGAAAUAUGGGACUUGAGAAAAUACGGGUUGCAGGGGAUGGACAAGAGUACGGUGAUGAUUCGCGAGCCGUCGCUGUAAUACGUACUAUGUUGAUAACCCGAGGGGUUGGUGAGGAGGUGGUUUGACGGUGGUUUCGGUCUACACGGCGGUGCAUCAUACAAGCAGGCUCAUAGCUCUUAUCGCUCACCUGAUGCUUAUAAAUUUCCUUUUCAAAGGAAUACGUCCCUAUCCGUACUUCCCAAACCGAACAUGAAUCUCAAUAUCUUUCCCCUGUCCCAGGCUCCGCACCCGUCUCACAAACGUGUAGUACUCUCCUUCAUUGCAUAGAGGAACCCAGUUUCCCAAUCCUUCCAAGCGAAACUCUUUCAACGCUUUCGCAUCUGUCAUGGAGCUAAAAAAUCGG